AUGGCCUUUGUACAACGUCUACUGAAGCGGCUGCCUGCCCUACCUUCUGAAUCUGCCUCCGAAGACUGGAAACAUGAAAAGCCACGAUCCCAGUCCAAAUUGUCCUUCUUUCGCAGACGCAUCCGAUUAAAGGGAAACUCCUCCAUCUCUAUACCGCUGGGAUUUUUACUUCUUUUCCCCAGUCUGGUCGUCAUAUUAAUUCUUAUUCUUGUUAUUAAACACCCUAACUCCCCUGGCCGUAUCUUGGUCCCGGCAGGAACUCCUCCUUCUAUUCGGAAAAUCAGCGAGAAGCAUGACCGUGUAUUCGCCACUGGGUGUCUCAACCCCGAAGAUGCGGCAAAGCAGCCCCGGGCCAAUGCUGCAUUUGUUGUCCUGGCUAGAAACAAAGAGUUGGAAGGUGUCAUACAGUCGAUCAAAAGCAUCGAGCGCCAUUUCAACCGCUGGUUCAACUAUCCCUACGUGUUCCUUAACGAUGGCGAGUUCGAGCAAGAUUUCAAAGAUGCAAUCACAAACUAUACCAGCGCCCCAGUGGAGUUCGGUAAGAUCGAUGCCACCAUGUGGGGAUAUCCAGACUGGGUGGACCAUGAGGUUGCGAGAGAAGGUAUAAGAAAGCAGGGAGAUGCCGCCAUCAUGUAUGGUGGAAUGGAGAGUUAUCACCACAUGUGUCGCUUCUACUCGGGCUUCUUUUACAAGCACGAGCUCCUGGACAAAUACGAAUGGUAUUGGCGAUUGGAACCCGAAAUAAAAUACUUCUGCGAUAUCACUUACGAUCCCUUCAUCGAGAUGGCGAGAGCCAACAAGACCUACGGUUUCACGAUUGCGGUCAAAGAGCUGAAGGAGACUGUACCCAACAUCUUCAGGUAUGCGUCGGCAUACAAAAGGAAGAACAAUAUCAGCUCUCAGGGAUUGUGGGAGAUGUUUGUGGAGAAGGAGCCCGAGAAAGCCAGUCCGGAUGAGAAACGGGCAAAGACUCUACCACAGGAGGUUCUACAGACUGAGCCUGGUCACCAAAACAUUGAGGACAUUGACCCCGAGUCAAUGGAAGGCGAAAAGUACAACAUGUGCCAUUUCUGGAGCAACUUCGAAAUUGCUCGACUUGACUGGUUUCGAAGUCGAGAGUACAAUGAGUUUUUUGAGAUGAUGGACAAGAGCGGCGGCUUUUGGAUGGAAAGGUGGGGUGAUGCUCCCAUCCAUUCACUCGCCGCCGGUGCACUUUUAGCACCUCGAGAUGUUCAUUAUUUCCGUGACUUUGGUUACCGCCACACGACCAUUCAGCAUUGCCCUGCAAAUGCCCCGGCAAGACAGCUGCCACGCAUUCCGUGGCUUGAAAAAACCACCCAAGAUGAAAAAGAACGGAUAGAAGAAGAUGAGUACUGGGCAAUUCCAGACUCACCUAAGGAGAAUGGAGUUGGCUGCCGUUGUCGUUGUGACACAGAUAUCAGAGAUGUGGAAGGCAAAGAGGGCAGCUGUUUAGCUGAGUGGGUCGAUGUCGCUGGCGGUUGGUCAUCACCUUGA